UUUAGACAGGUGAAUGAGACGUUGUUGUUUUGUUUUUUUGUUUUUAUACACAUAUUUACGUCAAUGUUGUCAGAAUGUAUUAGUUUUGAAUUCGCUACGUACGUUCCACGUCGGUCACCUCUGGCCGCACCGCUGUUGUCAUGGAGAUAGCUGUAGGGGACUAAGCUAGCGGUUUCGUUGCAAACGCCGGAAACCGGAAGCACAAGGCGGAAGCAUGCGAAGAGUGAGCCGGCAGUCCUGCGAGGAGGGUCCGCUGCUGGAGGAGCAGGAGACGGAGGGCCAGCGGCAGCUGCACAGCCUCCUGCGGCAGCAGCUCCACACGGACGUCGACAUAGAGCGAUGUGUUGCCAAGAGGCAGUGCUUCGCGCCGUCGGCCCUCUACCGGCCGUUCGGGGAGCAGGCGGCUGGCGUGAGGAGCCUGUCCCAGUUCCAGGCCCUGCAGGACAGGGAGAGGGAGCUGGCCAGUCUGCGGGAGCUGGGCCUCACAGAGGCCGAGAUCAAGCUGUGGCGGAGCAGAGACGCACCAGAGGCGGAGGAGAAGUCCCAUGGAGUGUGCGCGGCUCCGGGGGCGAGGCAGCAGCGCCUGCGGGUGAUCACGGACAAGAUUGACGCCAGGGAGGAGCUCCUGUCCCGGCCGCAGCGCUUUGCCAGCAGCCAACCGCUGUCACGUCGGGAAAUGGAGAUUGAACGGGCGCUGUUCCAGGGAACCGAUCGCCUGGGCUUCCUCGCAGCGCUCUACCAUCGAGAUGAAGAUAACCAGGACGGCCAGCAGGGGGUGGCGCCCUCCGAUCCGAUGGACACUCUCUACAGAGAUGUUCUCGGCGAGGAGAGACCACGAGCGUCGCCACGGGACUCCGGGGAAGAACCGAACGCGGCAUCACAAAUGUCUAGACACAGAACUGUAUCCGACCAAUCGCGAACCCGGCAGAAAGACGACGGCCAAUCGUCGUCUUUCUGCGUGUCUUCACCUAGUGUCACCUGGACACUAGGUGAAGUCAUGAAAGAGCAUCGAUCAGACCGGUCCAGUGCAGAUACCUCAGACCAGCAACAUAGACAAGAGGAGCAGAGGCGACCAACUGCCCCAGCAAAGGUAGAGAUAAAUCAGCCAAUCGGCAGCCUGUGUGGAGCGGGGAAGGCAGGGUCAGCAGGACCACUGACUCUCAGAGGGGAGAUAAAGACGAUCACAGACGAGGAGAUCCUGCAGAACCGCGAAUCUGAGGAAGGGAUCCGGAGCAUUGCAAGGUUCCGGAACUACCAGCCAGGAAAACCCUCCAAGGUGCUCUGCGUGAAGAACCUGAGUGCACAGGCGUCCGUGGCCCAGCUGGUGGCGCUGUUCUCCCGGUUCGAGCCGGAGGACGGGCCCCCGGUGGUUUACCGCCUGCUGACCGGACGGAUGAAGGGUCAGGCCUUCGUCACGCUGCCAGAUGCCGAUGCGGCCCAGAAUGCCUUGCUGUUGAUCCAUGGAUACCGGUUGCUAGGGAAGCCUCUGGUGGUGGAGUUUGGCCGAGAGAAGGAGAAGGAAGAGCAGCAGGAGAAGAAAUAAGAAGAAAGUAAAACAAUCUUUAAUUAGUGACAAAAAUAUAUUAUUUAUUUUUUUA